AUGCCGGUUUCACAUGAUCCCAACUGUUCCUGUGCUGUAUCAUCAGCAUGCACUGAAUCUGUUUUCGUUGGUGAACAAAUGGUGAAGGACAAAAAAUCACCACCACGUUCACUCGACGAAGUAAAACAAAUUAAAAAUGAAAUACAAAAUCAAUUUGAUCUUCUUGAUAAAGAAUUACAACGUAAACAUAAAGAACUUCGUUCACAACAAGAUUUAAUACAAGAAUUACAACGUCUUGAUGAACAAUUACAAAAAUUAACAAAUUAUAUUCAAACACUUAAAGAUGAAAUUGAAACAGAUAAAAUAUCAUUAGAACCAAUUAAUACUGAUAUUGAUAUAAGAACAAAAGAAAAAAAUCGUUUAAAAACAGAAAAAGAAAAAAUUUUAUCCGAACUUACAGAAUCUAUCAAUAUUCUAGAACAAAAACUAAACGAAUUAAAAACAUUAACAACAACAAUUAAUAAUUUUGAAGAUCGUACAUCUAAAUUAUUAGAAGAACUUCGUUCUUCAUUUGAUCAAUUAAAUAUUCAAGAAAAACAAUUACAAUCUGAAUUAUCAACAUGUAUAACAACUAUAUCUCAUUAUAAAGAUGAUUUAGCACGAGCUGAUAUUCGUUAUCGACAAUGA